AUGUCGGGAGGUGGCCUGAGCCUCGACGAGCUCAAAGACCUGCAGAAGCAGCUCUCCAAGCUCUCGUCGGGUGGCAAUGCCGAAGCCGUUCUCGCCAUCCUCCAGCAACUCAAGGCCGGACUGCAUCCCACCGAGGACAUCAUCCGUCAGUCCAAGAUUGGUGUGGCUGUGGGCAAGCUGCGAUCGCACGCCGACAAGUCGGUCGCAGACCAGGCAAAGGCUCUCGUCAAGGACUGGAAGUCGAUAGUAGACAAGCAGAGGAAGACAAAGGAUGCCGCUUCGACCACAAAGAGCCCCUCGGCGGCUCCGUCUCCGUCCGCAGCCGGUGCUUCGAACAGGACCCCUGCCUCGGUAGACGGGUCCGCCAAGGCGUCACCUGUCCCUCCGGCAAAGAUCGACUUUGACACGCUGGGCGACAAGGUACGCAACGCCUGCCUCAAGCUGCUUUACCAGAGCCUGGAGAUCGACAGAGAGGCACAGGGGCUGGACCCGUCUUCCCUCUUUCAAGUCGCCGUAUCGAUCGAGCGAGCUAUCCUCGAGAACCAGGGCAAGGGUUCCGUCACCCAAGAGUACCGCAGCAAGGUGCGAAGCCUGAGCCUGAACCUCAAGGACAAGAACAACCCGCAGUUGCGGGCCCGUGUCGCGAACGGGGAAAUUGCACCGGACAGGCUCGUCACAAUGACCAACGAGGAUCUGGCGUCUGACAAGAGGCGGCAGGAGAUCGAGGAGCUGCAGAUGCAGAACCUCUUCAAAGCCAAGGGCGCCGCCGCGCAAGAGGCCGAGACGGAUGCGUUCCAAUGCGGAAGGUGCAAGCAGAGAAAGACGAGGUACUACCAGAUGCAGACGAGAAGCGCAGACGAGCCCAUGACCACCUUCGUCACCUGUGUCCACUGCAACCACAAGUGGAAGUUCUGCUAA